AUGGACAUGAAAAUGAACCGGGGAAUCCCCUGGUUGGAUCAACCGGUCCUACUUCACUCAUCUCGUGUAGACAAGUGUAAGCUGUCGCCUGCCCAGUGUGCUCAUCGCAGUGGGCACUGGCGCUACUGGUCUGACCAUGUUUACGCUCUUGCUACGGUCUACUUGUGUUGUGCUGUGAUCGGUGUAUUCGCUAUCUCCAACUUCCUUGUUAGAUAUUCUCCGAAAUGGGUCAAAAGAACCCGAGUAUGGCGUGCGACUACUUCGAUAUCUCGGUACCUGGCUUAUCGUGGAUAUCAAUGCCCGAUGAUGCGAUACUGGUCUCCAUCUUUAGGCGUUGUGUUGCUGGGUGUUGCGGGGGCGGCUUUCUUCCUCGGAAUGACACUCGGUCCGCAACCUUAUUAUUGGCCGACAGAUGCAAGCUAUGGAAGCAGUCCUCCGAUCGCUACACGGGCAGGGUGGAUGGCUCUUGCAUUGCUCCCAUUUGUGCUUGCUUUGAGUGUCAAAGCCAAUAUGAUCUCUGCACUUACCGGUAUUCCCCAUGAGAAGUUACAAGUCUUCCACCACUGGACUAGCUACGCUAUGUUUGCCCUAGCGCUUGUUCACACAUUCCCCUUCAUCAUUUACAAUCAGCGGAAGGGUGACAUGGUGAAGCAAUGGAAAACAAGUGUGGCAUACUGGACCGGAGUUGUUGCUCUUCUUGCGCAGACUUAUCUGACGCUUAUGUCCCUGCCAUCUAUCCGUAAUCGGUUUUACGAAUUCUUCAAAGCCACACACAUCGUCGCGGCUGUUGUUUUCGUCGUUUUCUUCUUUCUUCACUGUGAUUUCCGUCUAUCCUCAUGGGAUUACUUCAUCGCCUCGGGAGCGAUCUACCUUGUAUCUUUGGUCACCUCUCAAGUCCGCACCUACUUGUUCAACGGUCUCCACACUGCGACUCUCGAAGUUCUCCCAAGUGGUCUUAUUCGCGUUGCAGUCCCGACAUUUAUGAAGUGGACACCAGGUCAACAUGUCUUUGUGCGAUUCUUGACAUCCGACCUGCACCUGUUGACCGCUCAUCCGUUUACCAUCUCAUCUGUCUGCCGAGACCCCGACGAAACCGGCAAAGCCUCUGAGAUUAUAUUCUACAUCAAACCAUGCCGCGGUGUAACUGGCCGCCUAGCAGCCAUGGCUACCAAGAAUCCCGGCUGCUCAAAGAAGAUCCUAAUUGAAGGGCCUUAUGGAGGCGUCAGCGCACAGCACAUGGCACGUUUCGACACCAUUCUUGUAAUCGCCGGCGGUUCUGGAGGUGGGUUUUCUCUUGCAAUGGUUGACGAAGCACUCCGUCUAUCCGCACUGGAGUCCAAGGAAGAAGAUUCGGAGCACGAAACUCGCCGUAACCUCCAGACUGGUACGCUGCAGAAAUCGAAUCCCGACUCUCUCAUUCUACAUCCCCUUUUUUCGGACCCCGACAACGGAUUUGAAACUGCCGUCUCCGUGCAUAUAACAUCUCGCGUUAGCUCGGCUUCGUCUUCGCCUUCCAUCGGCUUUGAAAAGAACACAGGCAAGCUGCCCACAACGGAGAUCACGGCCAGCGGGGCCUUUAGUCUCAAUGUCCACCGCAAUGCCCGUCCCGAUAUCCCUGGUCUUGUUGCACGCACCGUGGCUGUGGGACACGCCCAGGGACAGCACGCAGGCAAGAAAAAGCGAAUCGGAGUUCUCGUUUGUGGACCUGCUUCUAUGCUCCACGAUACCCGCAAUGCGGCGGCUCUGGCUCAGACUCGAGCUCUAGGAGGGGAGGUUGAGGAGUUGUACCUACACUCGGAGCCUUUUGCGUGA